AAUUUAUUGAGCUAAUUUACCGCAUCUUGGACUCAUUUUGGAAGAAAAUACAAUGUCCACGGUACGCCUGAAAAUCAUAUUGAUGAUGUAAUUCUCUUCGGGUGACAAAUUGGCUGAUAACCUUGGUGAAAAAAAUCAAUCAAAGAACAACCUAUAUGGCAUAGCAGAGCAAUAUGGCGGACAAGCACAGUCUGAAUUAUGAGGUACGAGAGCUGAAGCUCGGUGCCAGCUUCACUAACAACAAGUCCUCACAGUACCAUACUAUUAAGUAUGACUUCAAACCUGCAUCUGUUGAUGUGAACAAAAUGGCGACAGUAGACGUGGGCACCAACAAUCAAGUUACGGUCACUGUACCCCAUUUAGACGGUGCGGGCGUGCCCCAAACGGUGUUCAAGGGCAGCCAGCGUCCGUACACGAAAGAAUGCGUGCUCAUCAUUGACCGCGUCACGGGCGAAUUCACGCUCGAGAAGCUCUCUAGCAACAUACAGGUUAAGAAAACAAGACAGGAGAGCAGCACGAAACCGCGGCCGCUGACACCUGUGACGGCCGACCUGACGAACACCACGCAGCGCUCCACGUCGCGCACGCGCGUCGCCACGGGCAUGCGCACUAACCGGAACCCUGUCGUCUCCGGCAACGCCCCGCAGUCGAACCCGAACGCGCGGUUCAGCGCGCCAGGCGCCGGCGGCACUGCGGCGGCAGGUGGCCCGGCCGGCGCAGGCGCAGCGGCGCCCUCCAAACCGUCCAGCCUCGUGCGUUCGCCGCCGCGACAAAAGACCUCCCCGCCACAGGCUGCGCCAUGGUCCGGCGGCGGCAACAGCACCCUGGCGUCGUUGCCCAUGAUCGGCCUGGACGACGCGCCGCUUGCGUCUGCGCCGGUUUACCCGCAGCGGCCGCCCGAGCGCUUCGGCGCGCCCGACAGAGGCGCUAACACGCUCGAGCGUCACCCGCAGCAUCAGCAGCACCCGCAACAUGCGCAGCACGCGCAUCAGCCUCCACCACCAUCUGCACCGACGAAUACACACCAGCCGCAGGUGGACGACAGCUCUUCCUCGUCGACGAGUGACAGCGGUAGCGACUCCGACAGCGGAAGCGAUAGUGACGAUAAUCCCCCACAGCGGCUUACUAACGGCAACUCUAGCAACACGACCCUCCCUAGCGAUGUACUGAAGGACGACCUAUGCCUAUCCGAGUCGGGUAGCGACUCCGACUGACACUCCGACUCUCUACUAGCUGCCCGAAACGUCCGAUCCACCCCCGGCUAAGUCCACUGACUUCACAAUGUUCAGGAUUGACUUUUUGCACCCUCACAACAUGAGUGCGCAUACCCAUUUGGUCACGCCAAAGGCGAUAACGCUGUGCUACUUAGUCUGUGGUAUGGCAAAAAUUAAACUAACGCCAUUAUUGUAAUUGGCAGACCGACUAUCAACCCAUAUUGUCGCCAUUUCAACUACCUUGCACACCGGUUUCCAUGGUGACACCAUCUCUGACGUCUCGCGUUCCCAUACCUAUUUCUACCGCCAAACAGUAAUGAUUGCAUAACAGCGAUCCAGUUUUUAAGGUUUUUAUUUAUUUUUCUAUUACCAAGUAACGGGACGAAUAAGUUGUUCGCGUGGUGGUAAGAGACACUCCUGUCCAUAACAGUUGCAGUGCCACUCAGAGCUUUAAAUCGC